ACCUCGCCCACCCUGCGGCUCAUCCACUACGACCGGCCCACGGAGAGCCGCGGGCCCCGCGACCACCGCCGGGCGCCGGGGCGGCCGCCCGCGGCGGGCACCCCGGUGCGCCUCGUGGGGCUCCCCGAGGACGCGGCCCUGAACGGCGCCAAGGCCGCGGUGCGGUCCUCGGCCGGCGGCGCCGUGGAGGUGGAGGUGGAUGCCGAGACGACCCCGCGGGCAGUGGUCGCCGCGAGGGGGGGAUCCAGGAGGCUCAGAGUGCAGCUGUCCAGCCUGCGGGUCCUAGACCAGGACGCGCCCGGCAUGUACCCCGCGCACGCGGACUCGUCCCUCGUCACGGUGGCGCCACGGAGCACCGCCGCGGGCCUGGAGGCGAAGGACUUGCGCACGGGCGAGUGGUUCCGCGUGGAGGAGCGGAUGCGGGACGACGAAU